AUGUUAGAUGCAGCUCUUGCGACGCUCAACACACAUGGGAAGGAGAACGUCAACUCUCUGCUGCCGGUAUUCGAGGAGUUCCUAAAGAACGCGCCCAACGACGCCAGCUAUGACGCCGUGCGGCAGAGCGUGGUGGUCCUCAUGGGCUCUCUUGCCAAGCACCUGGACAAGAGCGACCCCAAAGUGAAGCCAAUUGUCGCCAAGCUCAUCGCUGCCCUCUCCACCCCCUCCCAGCAGGUCCAGGAGUCCGUGGCCAGCUGCUUGCCGCCCCUCGUCCCUGCCAUCAAGGAGGACGCGGGGGGUAUGAUCCAGAGGCUGAUGCAGCAGCUGCUGGAGUCAGACAAGUAUGCCGAGCGCAAAGGGGCUGCGUAUGGGCUGGCGGGCCUGGUGAAGGGCCUGGGCAUCCUGUCGCUGAAGCAGCAGGAGAUGAUGGCUGCGCUGACCGAUGCCAUCCAGGACAAGAAGAACUUCCGCCGCAGGGAGGGAGCCCUCUUUGCCUUCGAGAUGCUCUGCACCAUGCUGGGGAAGCUCUUCGAGCCAUAUGUGGUCCACGUGCUGCCCCAUCUGCUGCUGUGCUUUGGGGACGGGAACCAGUACGUGCGGGAGGCUGCAGAUGACUGUGCCAAGGCCGUGAUGAGCAACCUGAGUGCUCAUGGGGUGAAGCUGGUGCUCCCCUCCUUGCUGGCUGCCCUGGAGGAGGAAUCCUGGAGAACCAAAGCCGGGUCGGUGGAGUUGCUUGGGGCCAUGGCCUACUGUGCUCCCAAGCAGCUGUCGUCCUGCCUACCCAACAUCGUGCCUAAGCUCACAGAGGUGCUCACCGACUCCCACGUCAAAGUGCAGAAGGCCGGGCAGCAGGCGCUCAGGCAGAUCGGCUCUGUCAUCAGGAACCCAGAGAUCCUGGCCAUUGCCCCGGUCCUGCUGGACGCCCUGACAGACCCCUCCCGGAAGACCCAGAAGUGCUUGCAGACCUUGCUGGACACCAAGUUUGUCCACUUCAUCGAUGCCCCUUCCCUGGCCCUCAUCAUGCCCAUCGUCCAGAGAGCCUUCCAGGACCGUUCCACGGACACACGGAAGAUGGCCGCCCAGAUCAUUGGCAACAUGUACUCGCUGACAGACCAGAAGGACUUGGCUCCUUACCUGCCAAGCGUGACGCCUGGUCUGAAAGCCUCUCUCCUGGAUCCUGUGCCUGAGGUACGGACGGUGUCUGCAAAGGCGCUCGGGGCCAUGGUCAAGGGCAUGGGGGAAUCGUGCUUUGAGGACUUGCUGCCGUGGUUGAUGGAGACACUGACCUACGAGCAGAGCUCUGUGGAUCGCUCAGGCGCUGCGCAGGGGUUGGCUGAGGUUAUGGCCGGCUUGGGGGUGGAGAAGUUGGAGAAGCUGAUGCCAGAAAUUGUGGCUACAGCCAGCAAAGUCGACAUUGCCCCUCACGUCCGAGACGGCUACAUCAUGAUGUUCAACUACCUGCCCAUCACCUUUGGGGACAAAUUCACUCCUUAUGUGGGGCCCAUCAUCCCCUGUAUUCUCAAAGCUCUUGCUGAUGAGAACGAGUUUGUGCGUGAUACUGCCCUGCGUGCGGGCCAGCGGGUCAUCUCCAUGUAUGCCGAGACGGCCAUCGCCCUGCUGCUGCCCCAGCUGGAGCAAGGCCUCUUUGAUGACCUCUGGAGAAUAAGGUUCAGCUCUGUUCAGCUCCUUGGCGAUCUCCUGUUCCACAUCUCAGGAGUCACUGGGAAGAUGACCACAGAAACUGCUUCAGAGGAUGACAACUUCGGAACCGCUCAGUCCAACAAGGCGAUCAUCACUGCCCUGGGGGUAGAUCGGCGGAACCGGGUGUUGGCGGGGCUGUACAUGGGCCGCUCGGACACCCAGCUGGUGGUGCGGCAGGCCUCCCUGCACGUCUGGAAGAUUGUGGUCUCCAACACCCCCCGCACCUUGCGCGAGAUCCUGCCCACCCUCUUUGGGCUCCUGCUGGGUUUCCUGGCCAGCACGUGUGCGGAUAAGAGAACGAUCGCAGCCAGGACGCUGGGAGAUCUCGUUCGGAAGUUAGGGGAGAAAAUCCUGCCGGAGAUCAUCCCCAUCCUGGAGGAAGGCCUGAGAUCUCCCAAGAGCGACGAGAGGCAGGGUGUGUGCAUUGGGCUGAGCGAGAUCAUGAAGUCCACCAGCCGGGACGCGGUGCUGUAUUUCUCUGAGUCCCUUGUGCCCACGGCGAGGAAGGCCUUGUGUGACCCGCUGGAGGAGGUCAGAGAAGCGGCGGCCAAGACCUUCGAGCAGCUGCACUCCACCAUCGGCCACCAGGCCCUGGAGGACAUCCUCCCAUUUUUACUGAAGCAGCUGGAUGACGAGGAGGUGUCCGAGUUUGCCUUGGACGGUCUGAAGCAGGUGAUGGCCAUCAAGAGCCGUGUGGUGCUGCCCUACCUCGUGCCCAAGCUGACGACCCCGCCCGUCAACACCCGGGUCCUGGCUUUCCUUUCGUCUGUGGCGGGUGAUGCCCUGACGCGUCAUCUUGGCGUGAUCCUCCCGGCAGUCAUGUUGGCCCUGAAGGAGAAGCUGGGGACUCCAGACGAGCAGCUGGAGAUGGCCAACUGUCAGGCUGUGAUCCUGUCGGUGGAGGAUGACACCGGGCACCGGAUCAUCAUCGAGGACCUCUUGGAAGCCACCCGCAGCCCCGAGGUGGGCAUGAGGCAGGCCGCAGCCAUCAUCCUCAACAUCUACUGCUCGCGCUCCAAGGCGGACUAUACCAGCCACCUGCGGAGCCUGGUCUCAGGUCUGAUCCGCCUCUUCAACGACUCCAGCCCCGUGGUUCUGGAGGAGAGCUGGGAUGCCCUGAAUGCCAUCACCAAGAAACUGGAUGCGGGCAACCAGCUGGCCCUCAUUGAGGAACUGCACAAGGAAAUCCGGUUCAUAGGAAAUGAGAGCAAAGGCGAGCACGUGCCAGGCUUCUGCCUCCCGAAGAAGGGGGUAACGUCCAUCCUUCCAGUGCUGCGGGAGGGGGUCCUGACUGGCAGCCCGGAACAGAAAGAGGAAGCCGCCAAAGCGUUAGGCUUGGUGAUCCGUCUCACCUCGGCGGAUGCCCUGCGGCCCUCUGUGGUCAACAUCACCGGCCCUCUGAUUCGCAUCCUGGGGGACCGGUUCAGCUGGAACGUGAAGGCAGCUCUACUCGAGACGCUCAGCCUCUUGCUGGCCAAGGUCGGGAUCGCCUUGAAGCCCUUCCUGCCCCAGCUACAGACCACCUUCACCAAAGCCCUGCAGGACUCUAACCGCGGCGUGCGCCUAAAGGCCGCCGACGCACUGGGAAAGCUCAUUUCCAUCCACAUCAAGGUGGAUCCUCUCUUCACGGAGCUGCUGAACGGCAUCCGGGUCAUGGAGGACCCGGGCGUCAGGGACACCAUGCUGCAGGCCCUGAGGUUUGUGAUUCAGGGAGCGGGGGCCAAAGUGGAUGUGGUCAUCCGGAAAAACAUCGUCUCGCUCCUGCUGAGCAUGCUGGGACACGACGAGGACAACACGCGCAUCUCCUCGGCCGGGUGCCUGGGGGAGCUGUGCGCCUUUCUGACGGAAGAGGAGCUCAGCACCGUUCUUCAGCAGUACUUGCUGGCGGAUGUGUCUGGCAUUGACUGGAUGGUUCGGCACGGGCGGAGCCUGGCUCUCUCCGUGGCUGUGAGCGUGGCUCCCAGCAGACUCUGCGUGGGCAAGUAUGGCGGUGACGUCCAGGACAUGAUCCUCAGUAACGCCAUGGCGGACAGGAUCCCCAUCGCUGUGAGCGGGGUCCGGGGCAUGGGCUUCCUGAUGAAGCACCACAUCGAGACCGGAGGAGGACAGUUGCCGGCCAAACUCUCCAGCCUGUUCAUUAAGUGUCUGCAGAACCCAUCCAGUGACAUCAGGUUGGUGGCUGAGAAGAUGAUCUGGUGGGCAAACAAGGACCCGCUGCCUGCCUUGGACCCCCAGGCCAUCAAGCCCAUCCUGAAGGCCCUCCUGGACAACACCAAGGAUAAAAACACCGUCGUCAGGGCCUACAGCGACCAGGCAAUUGUCAACCUCCUCAAGAUGAGGCAGGGAGAGGAAGUGUUUCAGUCCCUCUGCAAGAUCCUGGAUGUGGCCAGCUUGGAAGUGUUGAAUGAAUGCAACCGGAGGUCUCUGAAGAAGCUGGCUGGCCAGGCCGACUCCACGGAGCAGGUGGACGACACCAUCCUGACCUGA